AUGGCGCCCUCACUCACUCCGCAGGAGGUAGCCGAGCUCCAGCAGACCGAGAUCGAAGCUAUCGAAUCCAUCCUUGACCAAGAUUUUACAAGAGUCGAGCAGAAAGCAUGGAAGGGUGCUGCCACUACACAGCUACACGAGUUUCAGGUCGUCGUACGUCCCGAUGAGGAGCGGUUGAAAGCGCUGGUUUGUGCCUACGUCGUGUUUCGUCUGCCCAAGAACUACCCUCUCGUCACACCAACUAUCGUUGUUAAGCAGAACGAUGGCCGACACAAAGGUUUGUCGACAGAUCACAUCAACAAGCUCGGCGAUGAGCUCAACCGAAAAGCCAAGUCGCUGUUGGGCGCCGAAAUGAUCUGGGAGCUAAUCACGGCAGGGCAGGACUUCAUCAGCAUCAACAAUACAGUCCCUAAGGAAGUCAAGGAUGGCGCACCGUCGCUCAGCUUGGAAGAGGAGAUGCAGAAACGUGCCAAGGAACAACAGGAACGUCAACGAGCAGAACGGCAGCAGGAGAUCCUCCGAAGACAGCACGCCGAGACCGUACGUUCCGAGCAGCUCGCUCAGCUCAUUCAGGAGGAAGCCAACAAGAAGGCUGCUUUGCUCAAGCAAGAGAAGGAACGCAAGCGGGAAAGCAGCUACUUUGGUCAACAUGGUCCUCUCAGCCCCAACAAAAGCGCAGGCAGCUCUGUUUCUCCCUCUGAAGCUGAAACGGCAGCAGCUGAUGUUUCUCGCAUCGAGACUCUCCUCGAGCCCAUCGAACACAAUGGCAGAGUAACUUCGGUGCUUCGUGUUGGCCCUAUUCUCAGUAGCGCUGGUCUAGCAACACGUCAUCUGGCCGAGCCUGCACACGAUCCUCCCACCGACUCGCGUGCACCCUCUCAUUCCUGGAUCAUUGAGCACUACCUCGUUACUUCGCCUCACUAUGCUUACUCGGCUGGGAAACGCAAGGUGGAAGAGGUCGAGUUCGAGUUCGACAAGCUUGUCAAAGUGCGCGAGCCUGGUCUCAUCAACGUGCUUGCCAGUGCCGUCACCCGUGUCACCGAUCCGCAGGGCUGGAAGCUGAGCGUUGUCAUUGAACGCACUGACGGCCUCUGUCUGCGAGACCUUCUCGAGCAGUGCGACUCGUUGCCGUGGAAGCGUGUCCGUCACUACCUUCUAGCCUUGCUGAAGACGGUCGACUCACUUCACACACGCAAUCUCGUCCACCGCGGCAUCCAUACCGACGCAAUUUAUGUCGAGGGUCGAACACCUGCUGGCGUUGCUCCUAUCGUUCGUCUUGCCGGUGCUUGCUACGCUCGACGCUUGAAAGACAUGCACAAAUCUAACCCGCUCAACGACCUCGUCGGCCCACUGGAAGAUGAAGCACCACCCGAUGCGUGGAAGGCGCCUGAGUCCAUCGACCAGCCGUUGUCUUACAGCCGCAAACGUGACAUUUGGGAUCUUGGUGUUUGCGCCUGCCAGAUGCUCUUCGGAUUGGACUGUCCAAUUGAAUAUGACGUGCCAGAGCAUCUAAUUCGCAGUAACAAUGCGCUCGCUCCACAUGUACAGGCUUUCUUGCUGCUCAUGCUGGAUCGAUCGUCCAAGAAGCGACCCACUGCUGCCGCCCUCGUCUCUCGUCUCGAAGAGUUAAUUCUGUACGAAGACACGGAGCUGUCGGAGAGUUCAAAUACCAAGAUACCUGCACAAACAGCUACACCCGCUGCUGGUACCGCUGCAAAAGCCAUCAAGGCUGCUUCUCGUCCCGGUACGGCUCGACAGCAGAGCGAUCCUGCAGGCAUGAGCCUUACUUCGCCUAGUGGAAAGAUCGGCACUCCUCUCGACGCCGAAGGCUUCCAGGGCUUUGGGUCAUUGUGGCCCUUCCGUGCAUCUUCGGGCCCGGGAGCACCACCAGCAGCCACCACUUCUCGCUAUCUCUCCGACUUCGAAGAGGUCGAAUUUCUGGGUAAAGGCGCUUUUGGUAGUGUAGUCAAAGCACGCAACCGUCUCGAUGGCCGCUUCUAUGCUGUCAAGAAGAUUAAGCUGUCCAGUUCGCCUGACGAAGACGAGAGGACGCUGCGGGAGAUUUCAGCGUUGAGUCGACUUGACCAUCCACACAUCGUGCGAUACUCGACUUGCUGGAUCGAAGAGACUCACUUGCCUAUCGCUGGCUUAGCAGGUAGCGACACCGAUGGCUUCACGUCUGGUCGAACGCUGGAAACCAACACUACCAGCAAGACACAUGCGUCUGGGCCGAACCUCUCCAUGUCUGCAUUUGGCCACGGCUUUCAACGGCCUGACGAUGCAAAGAAGCCGACGAAUCGAAGAGAUGACUCAUUCCGGGCUGUUCCCGACUUUGAUGACGAAGAUGACGACGACGCUCUCGCUUCAGGUGCUAGCUCGUCACGUCUGACAGGGAGCUACAGCGACAUUCGCUUUGCCGAGGAUGGUGACGACAGCAACGACCUGCACAAUAGUAUUCUUUCUAGCCGGCCAAAGGCAGAGACGUCGUUCAAAGGUGGACUGCUGGCACUGCGCACGCCUUCCGAUGGCAGUGACGACGACGACGACAAUUCGAAUCAAGACGACGAGGAUGGUGACUCGGACGAAUCGAGCUCAGAUGACGACGACAGUUUCGGUGGCGACGACGAUGACUUCAGUCGAAUUCCUCUAUCGUCGCGCCGGGCAUCUCGUGCCGGUCGAUCCGUCUCGAGAAGCGUCAGUGUGGCACGUCCCCCCGGUACUAUUGCCGUACAACGUGUUCUCUACAUCCAAAUGGAGUUUGUCGAGAAUCGAACACUACGCGAGGCCAUCGAGAAGGGGUUGACGGAGGAUGAAGCAUGGCGCAUUCUUCGUCAAAUGGUGGAAGCACUCGCUCACAUCAGCAGUCUUGGCAUUAUCCAUCGCGAUCUCAAACCUUCGAAUGUGUUGAUGUACGCCAAUGGCGAUGUCAAGAUUGGCGACUUCGGUCUGGCGACAAACGCACUUCAGAUUGCGGAUGGCAAUGCUGGAAAUUUAGGUGGUACGGCGGAAAUGGCCGAGAGCACCGAUCUCACCGGCGAUUUGGGGACAUUCCUCUACACAGCGCCAGAGCUCCGCGCCAAAGGUGGAGUCAAGUACAACUUCAAGGUUGACAUCUACUCACUGGGGGUCAUCUUUUUCGAGAUGCUGGCCAGUCAGCGUGUGUAUCGCACAGGUAUGGAACGUAUCCUGCUCAUUCGCGAGCUGCGAGAUCCCAGCGUUGGUUUGCCAGCGGUCUGGCCGCACAGCAAACUCGAAAAGCAGACAGCACUCAUUCGACAGAUGCUCGAUCACGAUCCUGAACGUCGCCCCUCUCCACUUGAAAUCCUCAAGAGCGAUCUGCUACCACCAAAGAUGGAGGAUGAGUACAUCGAAGAGUGUUUGCGCUUGAUGGCCAAUCCGACGAGUGCAUACAACCAUCAGCUCAUGGAUGCGCUCUUCAGUCGAACUGCCGCUGAUCUCGUUCGUGACUUUACCUUUGAUACUGGAGCAGAGAGGGAUCGUGACACGUCAUUGACAACUGUGGUCUGCGAUCUGAUUCGCAAAGCUGCACGCAGACAUGGUGCUGUCGAGUUCACUGCGCCACUCAUUGUGCCGCCGAACGGGUUGUACACGGCCAACGAAAAGAUCGUGCAGAUGCUUGACCGUACCGGACGGGUCGUGCAUCUGCCCUACGAUCUGACGGUGCCGUUUGCGCGUGUCUUUGCUCGCAGCAGCAAUCAGCGUUUCAAGCGAUACGAGAUUAGCAAUGUCUACCGAGAAAACGUUGUAGCUGGAGGCCAGCCUCGAGCUGUGUUGGCUGCUUCAUUCGACAUUGUCUCGCCGGAGAAGUCGGCUGCGGCUGAAGCUGAAGCCUUGGCUCUGGUGGAAGAGGUGCUUGACGAGAUCCCGGGUGUGGCAAGCGAGAAUUGGGUCAUUCACAUCAACCACGAGGUGAUGCUCUCGAUGAUUCUGGAGAGAAUACCUGCAAAGCAUCAUACGGCUGUGCUCGGCGUUGUUGCCUUGCUCGCUGGGUCCAAGACGAUGCAAAGUGCAAGAACGCAGCUGUUGCAGCUGGGUCUGCCACGUUCGACGAUCGAAGAGUUGGAAGCAUUCAAUCUCAACGAUGAGGUUGGAGCGGUGCAUCGUCGACUAGAGCGACUGUUCCCGCUGGAUCAGAGGACAAGGCUGGCGAAGGCAGUAUCGCAGAUUCAAGACGUUGUGGCGACGGCAAGAUUCUUUGGCGUUCAGCGCAAAUUUCUGUUUUCGCCACUGCUGGCACAGUCGAAUAGCUUGUACAAGGGAGGUGUGCUGUUCACUGUCGUACGAGCUGGCAAGCGUCGUGAUGUGGUGGCAGCUGGUGGACGAUACGACUCGCUGCUCAAACACUUUGCCAAUCCUUCGACGGCUUCAUCUGCACCUCUGCAUGGUGUCGGUGUUCAGAUGGCGGUCGGCAAGUUGACGCUGGGGCUGUCCAAGUAUCAGGAAGUACAAGUGGCCAAGCUUCUCUCUAGAACGGAAGAAGAACGCAGCUUUGGUCUCUACACGCCACGACGAUGCGAUGUCUACGUUGCCUCAACCCCUGGAUUGCUCGAAACGCGAAUGGAGAUCUGCCGCGAGCUGUGGGCACACAACAUCGCCGCCGACUUGCAGUACGAGCACGCGACCUACGACACACCCGAAUCGGCAGCGGCGACGUGUCGAGCCGAGGGCAUCUUGUUGUUGGUGUUCGCGAAAGCGCGAUCACCGGUGCUCAAGGUGAAGGUGGUACUGCAACGCGCUGAAUACGAAGUGGCGAGACACGAACUAAUUGGAUUUGUUCAGGAUCGCAUUGCGAAGCAGAGAAGUGUCGAUGUGCAAGUGGCUGCUGGCUCAGCAGGGUCUGGGUCGGCUGUCUCGGCAAGGUUCGGCCAAGCGGGAUUCGAAGCAGGAUCGAUGCGAGCCGCCACCGCAGCUUCUGGUGCUCCCGGCUCACUUGGAGGGUUGCAUCAUCAUCACCACCACCAUCACCCGCACGGUGGAUUCUCACGAAUGUAUAGCGGCAACGAAGUGAUGCCUUCGGCAACCAUCGCUGUGCGCGAACGCGAGAUGCUAUUACCUGAACGGCCCAUCGAGCGAUCCAAGAAGGGCGACAAAUGGCAACAAAACCGUCCGAAACCUUCCUCGCGUCAACUCGUCCUCGAUAAAGCCUCCCGUCAAGUCUCGAAGUUUGCAGAUCAACUUCAGUCAGGCAACGUCCCCAUUCUCGCAGUCGAUUUCACGGGGGCAAACUUUGAUAGGCUAGCUGCAGCUCUCACUGCUUGUUUGGGUAGCCAUGGCGAACGUACUGGCUACAGCUACCCCAAUGGCGAAGGCGGGGAUGGGGAGGAUGAAGGAGCAUACAUGUUUCGAGCUUUCUUGGAAACGCUUUCUGCGGAUGAAAGGGAGUAUGCGAGAUUGAUCAAAGGCAGAGCGAUCGCAUUUGCUUUUCCCGAUGCGAGUAAUUCGGCGGGGAAUACGGUGGGUUGUGGAAGAGUGUUUUUGUAUUCGUUGAGGGAAGAUCGGACUGCGCUGAUCGGGUGUGGUCGCUGA